AUGAAUUGCUUUACCUUUCACCCGUCUGAUUACAAGGCUGGCCCAAACUCUCAGUUUGCUCCUUUGCAAAUGAUUUUUGAAGCCAAGCAAGAUGGACGACGCAAAGGAAGAUUGGUUUGCGGAGGUCACCUCGUGGACCCCCGAGGGAUCUCGACUAAGACUACCGUUGUGAAGGGUGUUAGUGUCAGAUUACUAGACAUGAUUGCACACCGUGAUGGUUUGACCAUUCUCCAUGGAGAUGUUGGCAAUGCUUUCAUUACUGCCAAAUGUCUAGAGGAUAUACAUUCUACUGCUGGCCCCGAGUUUGAAGAGCAUGAAGGCGCUGUUGUUACUAUCAACAAGGCCCUCUAUGGCUUAAGAUCUAGCUCAAGGGCCUACAGGGAAAAAUUUGCUGCGUUUAUGCGUACAAUUGGUUUUGAACCUACUCGGUACGACCGUGACGUCUGGAUGAGACUAUUUGAAGACAAAUCUGGGUACGAUUGUCGUUGCACUCAUGUCGACAACUUCAAAGUUAUAGCCAAGGAUCAUCAACAGUGGGUCAAUGCUAUUGCUGGUGCCUUUCAAUUGAAAUGCUCCGGUGCGCCAGACUACUACCUUGUUAUGGAUUAUUGCUUUGAUGUUGCAAAUAUGGAUUGGUUGACAGGUUCCAAGACCUAUGUGGAAGAAUGCAUUUGCCGGAUCCAAGCGUUAGUACCUAACAAAUCCCAUCUCUGUGUUCAUUACACUCCUGCACCAUCUGAAGGACCAGCUGAUUGUAGAAAAGUCUUAUUCUUACAAGCCUUAUUUGAGCAUGGACAUAAAAAAGAAGACCCAAUUGAUAUCCCCAUUUGCAAUUGCAAGGCGCCAACUUCACUGAUGUUCUGCGUUGAUUGA